AUGGACACAGAGCACUAUUUAUCAGAGGCCGAUCGCCAACUUAGUGAUACCAGAUUCUACAAACCACUUGAUCACGAUCCGACAGAAGAAUUUGCUGCGGAUGUCUCCAAGUCACUCGACAAACUGUUUGAUGGGGGCUUCAUUAGCGAUAAAAAUUUAGAAUAUCUAUCGGUUCCGAAUCCCAAGGAAGGAAGGUUUUAUCAUCUUCCAAAAAUUCACAAAGCUGGAAACCCUGGCCGUCCUAUCGUUUCAGCCAAUGGACACCCUACAGAACGAAUCUCAGAAUUCAUUGAUAUGCAUCUCAGACCACAUGUAAGUAGCCUACCGUCCUACGUGCAAGACACCACUGACUAUUUGAGAAAAAUUUAUUCCCAGCAGGUACCUAGCGACACUUUACUGGUCUCAAUGGAUGUCACGUCAUUGUACACAAACAUACCGCAUGAGGACGGUAUUGCUGCAUGUAAAGAAGUAUGGAACAACAGAAGUGUUAAGAUCCCUCCUACUGAAAUGCUAGUGGAAUUGCUCACGCUGGUUCUUAAAUGCAACAAUUUUGUGUUCAAUGACAAGCAUUACCUUCAAAUUCAAGGUACAGCCAUGGGAACAAAAAUGGCACCUUCAUACGUGAACAUAUUCAUGGGCCGUCUUGAGAGGCAAUUACUCUCGACGGUCACAUUGAAGCCGCAUCUAUGGUUACGCUUUAUAGACGAUGUGGAUAUGCAAUGGACUCAUGGCCGGGAAUCUCUUCAAACAUUCCUUGACCAUGCAAACAACUUUCAUCCAUCUAUAGAGUUCACCAGUGAGGUUUCAAAUGAAAGACACGUGUUUCUUGACACAGUAUCAAAGCUUAAAGAUAACAAAAUUGUUGUUGACCUGUAUUCAAAACCUACCGACACCCACCAGUAUCUUCUCACCACAAGCUGUCAUCCUAAACACUGUUGCCAAAACAUUCCCUAUAGUCAGGCACUGCGAAUCCGCAGUAUAUGCUCAGACACAGAAACGUAUCAAGAAAGAACAGAGGAGCUAUCAAAACACCUCCUAAAAAGAGGCUAUUCCUCAGACUGCGUUCUCGCUGCUACCGAAAAAGCACUUGCAUUCUCAAGGGAAGAACUGUUACAAUACAAACACAAAACAACUGAAUCAAGCAAACGCACACCUUUUGUGGUCACGUACCAUCCAAAUCUGCCAAACAUACGUGCAACUGUAGACAGACACUGGCCUACAACUGAGUCAUCACAGCGGCUCAGUCGUAUGGUCCCUGAGAAACCCCUCAUCGCAUACAGAAGGCCUAAAAGUCUGCGAGACAUUCUAGUUCGGGCCAAAGUCAAUUCGGCUACAGACACAACCAGUUCAGGCCAGUCAGGUCCUUGUGGUGCCCCAAGAUGCCAAACAUGCACUACCAUGCCAAGCACUAGUACAUUCCUUUCCUCCAAUGGAAGCAAAUCUGCAGUUAAAGAAGUGGCUAAUUGCAAAACAGAAAAUGCCAUAUACCUUAUGACAUGCAGGAAGUGCAACAAAAAAUAUGUCGGGGAAACAAAACAGACGCUAGCAAGCGAAUGA